AUGACGGUGAGAGAGAGAAGACAAGGGCGCAGCCAUCUUGGAGCCGCCCACCUGUCUGACUCAGGCGUGCGGCCAUCUUGUAAAAGGCCAUUACAGCGCAAGGCAGCAGCAUCUCUGCGCCUUCCUCCCUUAAACAAGAUGGCGGCAGCGCAUGCGCAGAGCCAGGAGGCGGCCGGGGCUGUGUGGGAAACGGCCCGGGCCCUGCCGGCUCAGAAGAGGUUUGGCCGCUCACGGGAGCUGCGCUGGGUCCCAAAGCCUGGCUUCUCCGCGGGAGUCCGGUUAAGCGGCGGUGCUGGCUUUCUCUCCCCUCGCCAGCGCUGGGAGCUCUUGGAUUCCGCCUCCGCCGCCUAUUUCGGGCCUGCCGGACGGGAAGCCUGUCAGCGUCCCCUGGCACCGCGAGGAAGUCUGGAAGGGAAAAGAGAACAGAAGAGUUACAAAGCUCUCUUAGAAGAUCCAAUGCUGAAGUUCUCGGGACUGUAUCAAGAAACUUGCUCUGACUUGUAUGUAACUUGCCAGGUGUUUGCGGAAGGGAAGCCUCUUGCUCUUCCCGUUAGAACUUCCUACAAGGCUUUUAGCACUAGAUGGAACUGGAAUGAAUGGCUGAAGCUCCCUGUGAAGUAUCCAGACUUGCCUCGCAACGCUCAGGUGGCUCUGACCAUCUGGGAUGUGUAUGGACCUGGUAAAGCAGUUCCUGUGGGAGGAACAACGGUCUCGCUCUUUGGGAAAUAUGGUAUGUUUCGUCAAGGAAUGCAUGACUUGAAAGUCUGGCCCAACGUAGAAGCUGAUGGCUCGGAGCCCACCAGAACUCCUGGGAGAACCAGCAGCACAGUCUCUGAAGAUCAAAUGAGCCGCUUGGCAAAGCUCACCAAGUCUCAUCGUCAAGGUCAUAUGGUGAAAGUGGAUUGGCUGGACAGACUGACCUUUAGAGAAAUAGAAAUGAUCAAUGAGAGGGAAAAACGAAGUUCUAAUUUUAUGUACCUGAUGAUUGAAUUCCGUUGCGUCAAGUGUGAUGAUAAAGAAUAUGGAAUAGUUUACUACGAGAAGGAUGGUGAUGAGUCAUCUUCAAUUUUAACAAGUUCUGAAAUUGUUAAGAUUCCAGAUCCUCAGAUGUCUAUGGAGAACUUAGUAGAAAGCAAACAUCACAAGCUUGCUCGAAGCUUAAGAAGUGGACCCUCUGAUCAUGAUCUGAAGCCUAACGCAGCUACACGAGAUCAGCUUAAUAUCAUAGUGAGUUAUCCACCAACAAAGCAGCUAACGUAUGAGGAACAGGAUCUAGUUUGGAAGUUCAGAUAUUACCUUACUAAUCAAGAGAAGGCCUUGACAAAAUUCUUAAAAUGUGUCAACUGGGACCUACCACAGGAGGCAAAGCAAGCACUGGAGCUACUGGGCAAGUGGAAGCCUAUGGAUGUCGAAGACUCUCUAGAACUUCUGUCAUCUCACUUCACCAAUCCAACAGUUCGGCGCUAUGCUGUUGCCAGGCUUCAGCAGGCUGAUGAUGAGGAUUUGCUGAUGUACCUGCUACAGUUAGUCCAGGCAUUGAAAUAUGAAAACUUUGAUGACAUAAAGAAUGGGCUGGAACCUAGCAAGAGAGACAGUCAAGGUUCAAUGUCGGAAAGCAUGGCAACAUCUGGAACUAAUGGUGCAGAAAUAGACAGUUCCCAGAUCAUGACUCCUGUUCCACCUGUUUCCUCACCACCCCUUACAUCUAAGACAAAGGAGCUUGCAGACAAUGAAAACCUUGAUCAAGACCUUUGUACUUUCUUGAUAUCACGAGCGUGCAAAAAUUCCACGUUGGCAAACUACUUGUACUGGUAUGUUAUAGUGGAGUGCGAAGACCAAGAUACACAGCAGAGGGACCCAAAGACUCAUGAAAUGUACUUAAAUGUGAUGAGAAGAUUUAGUCAGGCUUUGCUGAAGGGUGAUAAGUCUGUCAGAGUUAUGCGUUCAUUGUUGGCAGCCCAGCAGACGUUUGUAGAUCGACUGGUUCACGUAAUGAAAGCAGUGCAGCGUGAAAGUGGGAAUCGUAAGAAAAAGAAUGAGAGGCUUCAGGCUUUGUUAGCAGAUAAUGAAAAAAUGAAUUUAGCAGAUAUGGAACUUAUUCCACUUCCCCUGGAACCUCAAGUGAAAAUUAAAGGGAUAAUCCCUGAGAAAGCCACACUCUUCAAG